CCUCACUUUUCUUCUUCUCCUUCUUCGUCCCUGGAUACGUAUUAAACAUGGGGAAGCCUGCCAUCAAGCAGAUUCUGAAGCGGUGCUGGAGCCUGGGCCGCAAGCAGGGCGCGGCAGGGGAGGCGCCGGACGUGCCGCGGGGGCACUUCGCGGUGUACGUGGGCGAGAAGCGGAGCCGCUUCGUGGUCCCCAUCUCCUUCCUCUCCCACCCGGAGUUCCAGCGCUUGCUGCGGCAGGCGGAGGAGGAGUUCGGCUUCGACCACGAGCAGGGCCUCACUAUCCCCUGCGAGGAGGUCGCCUUUAGGACUCUCAUCACCGCCGCUCUCCGGUGAACCCAGGCCGGCAAUUCUUUGUCGUUAUCUUCCUGCUAGACUCUGUACAUGUGUUCUCUACUGUGCACGAGAUGAGAUGAGAUGGCGAGAAAAAAAGAUAGCCACAAUAAUAUUCGUCCAAAUGAUCAACCGCUUUGCAUGCCUUAAUUAAGAACAGAGCUUUUAUGAGGGGAAAAAACAAAGUGCAGCAAGAAGGCCUCCCCCUCCAUCUUCAUCUCCAUGUCUCUUGGCACAAAAGUAGCUAGCUUUUGCAGGACAUGCGAUCCUGUGGUUAAAGUUCCAAUGGGGAAAGAACAAAGACGUCAAAAAGAGAGCUCCUUGAUUGGCGGUAGCACAACUUCAAGUCUACCCUAAUCCUUGAAUGUGCCUGCCUCUGCUUGAGAAAGAUGGAGGGGAUGACGUGACGCGAGACGGCGACGCAACGCUGAUCAAGUAGCAGAAUUCUUGCAUAACUAAAUCCGUGUUUUUUUUUGUCUGUGUGUUCCAAAAACACUGCAACUUUUAUGCA